AUGAGACUGACAGGUGUGCUCAGGAUCCUGGCACUGGUGUUCACCUUAGUCGCUGCCUGGCUUUUUGCCAGCUCCUACAUCAACCACACAAGCAUGAAAUCCAUCAGCCUGAGGAGCUGGCUAGGUUCUGAAGCACCUAAGCCCCAAAAUAAGUGCAACAACAAAGAGGCCUGCCCCAGCCAUAGCUUUGCCUUCAGGUUAAUCAGUGGCGCAGCCAAUGUCGUCGGACCUUCCAUGUGCUUUGAGAACAUUAUGUUCAUGAGCAGCGUGAAAAAUAACAUUGGCCGGGGUUUAAACAUUGCACUUGUCAAUGGAACCACUGGACAGCUCCUCAAAACAAGUUCCUUUGACAUGUACUCCGGAGAUAUUAAAGAUUUAUUGGAAUUUCUAAAAGCGAUCAGCAAAGGUUCCCUGGUGCUCAUAGCCUCCUAUGAUGAUCCAGCCACAAAGAUGAAUGAUGAAGCACGGAAGUUAAUUUCCGAACUAGGAAGUAACUACGCUGCCAAGCUGGGUUUUCGAGACAACUGGAUAUUCGUUGGCGGGAAGGGGCUCAAAAACAAAAGCCCAUUUGAACAGUACUUGAAAAAUGAUAAGGAAACAAACAAAUAUGACGGCUGGCCGGAAGUCCUGGAAAUGGAGGGUUGCAUCCCUAAAAAGAUGGAUUAG